UAUGGGAUGUGUUAAUUCUCGAAGUGUUGAGAUUUAUCAACGGAAAUUUAAAUUAGUUAUUGUAGGAUUGGAAGGUAGUGGAAAGACAGCAAUAUUUGAAUACAUAAGAUAAGGAAAAUUUGUGCAGACAAAACCAACAGUUGGUUAGGAAUUAUAAUAUAAAUAGGUGUGAAUGUGGAUUUUAGCAAUCCUGAAUUCAUGAUAUUUGAUGUUGGAGGAAAAGUGCCAAGUUUAUGGAGCAACUAUUAUGAAAACACUGAUGGUCUAAUAUUUAUAAUUGAUUCUUCUAAUAAAGAAUAGUUAUAUUAAGUGAAAGAACAAUUUGUAAAGUUAAAUAAAGAUUUAGAAUACUUGAAUGUAUAUAAAAAUGAUUGAAAUAGGUAGUAAUUCUGAUAAUGUUUACAAAACAAGACAAACUACAUCUUGAUAAUUAAGUCUUGAUCUAAGAAUGUGGAGUUUUUGGAUAUUUAGAAUAAGAUACUGUAUUUUAAAUGUGCAGUGCAAAAACUGGUGAAGGUGUUUAAGAAGGAAUAUAAAAAUUAAUAAACUUAAUUAAAAAGCAAUAAAAACCAAAUAUUCCAUUCGACCAUUUAAAAUAACAUAAAAAAAAGAUAGCAGUAUGA